AUGUUGCUAAACGCUCUUCUAACUCUCGUGACUCUCGCUGCGGUGCCGAUGGCUACUUUACAGGCAGCCCAUCCUGGCGGACCUGUCAUGUUCACAACCGAGGAUGGACGGCAAGUGCCUGGUCCGAACUGUGAUUGCUACGUCGUCUCGGGGCCUGAUCCAGGAUACUUUCAACACUAUCGUUUCUGGGAUUUUCGAUCGGUGCCUCUCGACCCUGCGGUUGCGAAAGACUUUAACUUCUAUCCCAGCGUCAGCGUCAAGGGAGAUGCUUAUGGGGCUGGUGCCCAACCCGUUCUCCUUAAAGACACGCCCUUCUCGAAUGACUGGAAUAUCCAAGACUGGCAUCGAAAUGGGUCUCGUCUGUUCCCCAUUACCAUUGUGAAUUCAGACCAGAACGUCUUCAUCACCAAAUCGCUCUCUGGCCCGGACUCGACGUUCCUUGCGUUGCGAAACACGCGUCUGGAAAGGUUUUCCUCCACAGCCGAAAUCGAGAGCGGCUUUCGAAACUUCCUUCAUUGUUCCCUGCGAGUGAGGCUUCGUCUCCUUGGCAAGGACGAGCCUAUUCUAUCUCCUCCGACUGUUCAACAGGCCCCAGUCGACGAAAACCAGAUGUUGUUGGUCAAUCCAGAAUCCGUGGCUCUUGUCCGCCGCAACGCAAGGAGACAUCCACCUCCGAACGGAGCGUGUGCAGGCAUUUUCACCUAUUUUUCAACAACCAGCGAGUCGGACAUUGAAAUUUUGACCGCCGAUCCACCGAACCGAGUCCACUAUGCCAACCAGCCCGACUAUGACCCUGUCUCCGACCGAGUGAUACCUGGUGCAAGCAUAGUGAGAGAUGUUCCGGUCCCCUGGACCUCAUGGUCGACACAUCGGCUCGACUGGUUCUCCACCAUCUCUCGCUGGUACGUCGAGAAUCAGUUUCAGGACCAUAUGACGUAUUCGGUACCGCACGACCCGAGUAUGUUGAUAAUCAACUUGUGGAGCGAUGGGGGCCUCUGGUCCGGCAAUCUAACGGUCGGUGAGAGCGUCCACUUGGGUAUCGAAUGGAUUGAGCUGGCCUACAAUGUAACUGGCGCUCCCAUCAAGAGGGAUGCCGAUGUCGAUGAUGAAGUGCAUAUCCAGGUGUACCCUCCACACAGCAAACAUUACCAAACUGACGGUCAUGAACUGUCGAAAAGCCCGGCGUUCGAGACAAGUGACAAUAACAACGAGCAGGAACAUAUUCUGAAAAGGAACCAAGGCAAGGAAUGUAAAGUUAUGUGUCGCGUCGAUGAUGUCAAACACAACGGUAUACCCGAGAUUGUAUUGAAUUAUACCCCCGACGCAGAACCGGAGACUUAUUAG